AUGGACAGUGUCAACCACACCUCUCCCCAUUCCAUCCAAACGUCCAUGUCAUACUCGCCGGCGGCGCCUGUCGAGAACGGAGCUGGAGCCGGAGCUGGACCUAGCAGAGGGUCGGCCACCGCGCAGGGGCCCAUCACCGACCUCCCCCAAGCGCAAGUCGAUGCGAUUAUCCGUGCGAAGCGAAAAGCGCGCGAACCGAAAGCUUGCUACCCGUGCCAUGCGCGGAAGGUGAAAUGUGACCGGAACUUCCCCUGUGAUGGGUGCGUGAAGCGUGACCAUGCGGAGCUUUGCUCCUAUGAGCGCCCGUCAAAGAAGAGGGCUGGUGCUGGGUUGGGGCCCGAUGUUGGGCAUACUGCGACAAUGGGGGCUGGGCAUAUGGAUGGUGCGGGCACGAGGCUGCCUGCUGGGGAGGCGGGGUUAUUGGACGGAUCUUCUGUGAGGCUGAAGCAGGAGCCUGGCUUGGGAUUGAGUAGCCAGCCAAGUCCGGCAAGUGGAGGGAGGGUCUCGAUUGCGCGCGAGGACUGGGAUAAUGUGCGCACGAGAUUGAAGGAAAUGGAGCAGACGCUUGCGAAUAUGCGGGCUGGCCUGGAUAAAGCGAAUGAAGAUGGCGCGGGCGCGGGCCUUGGCUCCGGCUCGACGCUGGAGACGGGCAGCGUGCAGAGCGGUGGCGAUACGAGUAGUCGGUCCAAAGGGGCAUCGCCGGAGCGAGAGGGUAUCCAUGCGCCGAAUACUUUGGGCGAGGGUACCGUGCACCUUGGGUCGAGGUCUGUCCUGGCUUAUAUCUUGAACAACAAGUCCGGUUCCGAUCAGCUGCAGACGCUACUGGAGGGUGGAAUCCUGCCGAAACUUGGUUUGGAUAACGAGUCUGCGACUUAUCCAUUUGUUGAUCUAUGGUCUUCUGACAUGUCUACGUUUGACAUCAGCGCGGUCUGCUGCGCCCUUCCGACGGACCAGCAAUGCAAGGAGUUCUUUUCGUACUACCGAGAUAUCGCCGGCGCAAUCUACCCUGUCAUCGAGGAUGUGGCCUUGUUUGAAAGGAAUCUCGACCUUCUGUUACAAAACAGAGUUGCUGCUGGCGGUGUUUAUCGCGCGGAUGACGAUCAAGCGCAAAGACCGUUUGGGAUUUCAAUUGCGUAUCUCGGUCUUUUGUUCGCAGUGCUGGCCUCUGGCUGUCAAUCGUCCGAUUUACCCGGCAAGGAGAGAGAGCUCAGUUCCCAAGUAUAUGUGUGCUGCUCCUACCAAUGCCUUCGAAUGACGAACUUCCUAUCCCAGCCGACGAUAGAAGCUAUCCAGACUUUGCUCGUAAUUGGCAACGUUCUGUCGUAUAAUAUGAAUCCCGGGAUUUCUUACGUUUUACUCGGUAUGACGCUUCGAAUGGGCCUGGCGCUCGGUUUGCACGUCGAAUCCAGCCAUUUUUCAGCGGCAGAACGUUAUCGACGACGACACGUAUGGUGGUCGAUGGCGUGGCAAGACAGCCAUUUCUCGCUAUCGUAUGAUCGCCCGUCCACUACCGCUGUUUGCCAACCAGAAAUUGCGAAGCGCGAAGGUGUAAAACCAGGCGACUUCUCAUAUUUCGAGUCCCUCUGCGGGGUGAUCUCCCUGGCUCUCAAAGUGGUCCGCGGCCGGAUGCUCAGUCCACACUCACAGAUGAGCUGGGAAAACAUCCAAGACUACAAAGAUCAAAUUCAGAAAAUCCUUAUCCAAGCACGCCCUUACCUCCGAGAUCCUCAAUACUGCAUGACGCCAACCGAACACCUUGAGCGCAACGUUCUAAAACUCCACUCCUCAUACUUCUCUUCUGAGCUCUGCCGGCCAGCGCUCAAAGCCACCGCCAACACCCGCGACCCGCAAACGGCCCGCAUGCGCGCCGAUUGCCUUGAUCAUCUAAUGACGACUGUUGAGGCGUACGUGGAGAUGCACGCUGUCAGCUCCCACGCAUCCCGUUCCUGGAUCACUCUACAACGCGCAAUCAGCUCUAUUUUCCUGCUCGCCGUCACUGAAGAAUCCAAAUCAAACGCGCAUUUCUGGACCCUCCUUCGCAAACUCAAAGCAAUCAUUAGCGAACGCGCCAAUGCUGAAUUCGACUACGGAUCGCCACAAAAUGCAUCCGUGGACCGCAGCCCCUUAUAUAACUCCCUCGGACAGCCGAUCAUGAACCCUGUAUCGGGGUCCCCUGCUGCACUGAGCUCUCCUGCUGCUGCGGCAGUGGCUGCAGAUUCCCAAACACAGUGGGCAAAGCCCCUGACGAAGACGCUCCGCGCGCUCGAGAAGCUGGAAGCAGCCUUCCACACCCGCCCCUCACCGUCUAUUAUGACGACGGGAGCAUCACCAACGUACCUCAACCCAGCGACAGCUAUGCACCCGAAUGCAAAUCCGAUGGUGCCACUCCCACCGUCCGGGAUGACGCCGAACCUGGGCUCCCUGCAGCCGCAGACACCAGAGAGCUCGACAAGCGGGGAGUGGACGAUCCCGAAUAUUCUGGAUCGGGCGCAGGAGUAUAUUCACCCGCCGUUAUGGAGUUGA